AUGGAAUCCAAAGGUGAUGUGAACAUCACAUUUAGUGAGGCUCUUUGUCACGAGGAACUGCUUUAUUAUAUGCAUGAAAUAAGAUGCAUUUUCAAACUAAUUGUGGAAAAUCCAAAGAAACCAGUUGCAUCUGGUCUUCACAUAACAGCCACUGUGGAAUAUCAUCCUGAUAGAGAAGAAGACCUUCAGGAUAGACUACUACUUUAUGUAGACAAAAAGAUAACCGAGAUUCCUCUAAUAGGAUUAAUUCCACGUUGCUGCUUAGAAAUUGAACCUGAGAUCAAUUUUGGCACAGUGACUGCAAACAGUAAAGUAAUCAGUAAAGAGAUUAAAAUUACUAACCAUGGAUCAUCUUCAGGUGCAUUUAACAUAAACUACAGAGGAAGUGUUCACAUUGUUAUAUCACCAACCAGUGGAGUGGUAGAACCCAAAACAUUCCAAGUGAUUAAAACGGAGAUCUGUACCGAUAUUCCAAGAGUCAUUAAUCAAACAGCCGUUGUGGAGUUGCAGGGAAGAUCCAGUGCUCACAUAACAAUAAAAGCCAAUAUAGUGGAGCAAAUUAUUGAACUAUUGGGUGUGCCUCACUCAGACAUAAUAAAAUGUGUUCAUUUUGGAUGUGUGUAUUUUGGAACCUCCAAGACUGAAGACGUAAUUCUUCAUAAUAAAAGCCCAGAGUCCAUGGACUGGGUGGCAGUCCUGCAAGAUAAUGCCGUUGCGGGAGAGAUGGGCACAGACAUUCAGAAAAGUACAGAUGCUGCCUUGCAAGACUUAAAUUACAGUGAUAAUAAACCAGAACUAGAUGCAUCUACUCUGAUUUCAUGUAUUCCCAAUGAAGGAACACUAGAACCUUACCAGAAAAUUGUAGUUACUCUUUGCUUUAGUCCAAAGCAGUUGAAAAGGGAUGUUAAACAUGAUAGAACUUCAUCAAGACAAGAUUAUGCUCUGUUUCUGAAGUUUGAAGCCGUAGGAAGUACAGAUGACUUUUUGCAAAGGCUGACUAUGGAUGACAAGCCCACCAGAGAGAACUGUCUUCAUAACGUUGAGUUGGCUUUGACAGGCUCAGGGCUCCCAGUCAUGUUAACAUUCAGCCCAGGACCAACUAUUAAUUUUAUGGAGUGCGAUAUGGGUGAACAUACAGAUUUUAUUUGCACACUCAGAAAUGAGUGCAAUAUUCUCCCAGUGUCAUUUGCUUUUUGUAAGAUUGCACAUUAUAAUAUUUGUCCUGAAAAAGGAAAAAUAAAAGCAAAAUCUUCACAGGAUGUACUGUUUUCGUUUCUUCCACGUCAUAUAGGAACCUUUAAAGUGAAGCAGGUGGUACAUAUCAUUGGUCCAGUGGCAAAGAAAGAUUGUUUACCAGAUUUGGUGAUAAGGUCUUUUCAUCAAAUACAUUUAAAGUUUUCUGGCACUUGCAAGUCUGUAACAAAAAAACCCACACUGAAAACAAAUCUUGGAGUACUUGUAUCCAACCAGCAGGACCAGUACAGUUAUGUAACGCCUAUGGCGCUGCUUAAAUCUGAUCAAACACAAAUUCACGAUCAUGUUCUAAAUAGAAACGUGGGUGAUGCACUGAUAGCUCUUCCUAAUGAUCGUCCAGCUAGUAUACGUCCCAGUGAACAGCAUAAAAAUUACAGGACUAUUUUCACAAAGGUUGUCAGAUAUAAUUAUGUGGAUCCAGAGUACUCUUACACGGCAUAUGAAGAACUGGAAAAGCAAGUGAAUAAAGAUUACUACGCAGAAUAUAUCCGAAGUAAAAGAAACCGUCGUUUGAAUAAAGAAACUGCUAGGAUCUUUGAAAAACUGAACAAUUAUGUUGACCUUGGGCUGCAGCCAGCCUCAGGGUUAAAAUCGCCUCGGUUAAAAGCUUUAAUGCAAGAGAAAUUGGAGGAAGAUGCUGAUUUAGAUCAUGGAAGUAGCCUGUUAACUAGCCAGAAGUUAGCAGAAAUUAAAUCUAAAUCUAUAGACAAAGAGGUUGGUGAUGGCCUUAAUGCUGUACCAUCUUCUCCACAAGAGCAUGAAGAUUGUAGUUUAAUUUUGACAUCAAAGCAGCUUCAUCAAAUACGCAUUGGUCCCUCUACUAUUGAUUUUGGAGAAGUUUGUGUGCAUUCUACAUCUGUCAAGAAAAUGCAUAUUGUAAAUAAUCUUCAUGUUCAUGUUUGGAUACAAGUAGGAAUUGAAAGUGAAGAGCUACAACAAACUAGUCCUUUAUCUCAUGUCAUGUCACCUCAUUCACAAACGUAUAUUCCAGUUGUGUUUGAGACUGACAAACUGGGAAAUUUUCAAAAGUCCUUUAUGUACACAAUAAAUCAACAUCACACUGGGCAUGUGUUGGUAGUAGCAAAAAUAGUACCUGUUGCCUUGGAGCUAUCAACAAGGGAGCUAACUUUAUAUCCUGCUUUUAGCUUCCUAGCUGAAAGUGGGUUUAGGACUACAGUCACACUUUAUAACCGCAAAAACUAUCCUGCUCAAUUCACCUGGAAGCCCAUAAUCACAGAGAAAGGAAUGGCCUUUUCCAUAUGCCCGGACAAAGGUACUGUAGAAGCCUAUAAAGACUUAGACUGUGAAGUAGUUUGGCAUCCAGGUUUCUCCUCUCCAAUAAGCGGAGAAUUUGAUUUAUGUGUGCAUCAAGGAAAAACACUUAGACUAAAAUGCUUCGCAAAGCUUGGUUCCACCAGUGUUCAGUUUAAGGAACAACGGAUAACCUUUAACCACGCUCCUAUACAUUUAACUACAUGUAAAAUAGCUGUUCUUCAAAAUGUGGGACAUAAUCAUGCAUACUUCCAGGUUGUUGAUGCCAAUCCUCUUCCUGGAAUGAUUAUCACUCCUUUUCAGGGUGUAGUACCUGUGGGAGGUCAUACUGAACUCAAAGUCUACUUCACACCCAAUGCCUUAAUGAAAUUUGAUAGCAGAGUGGAGAUUGCGGUGCGGCAUGCCAAACCUUUGGAGCUGAGACUUGGUGGGUCUGUAGAAGUUCCUGACAUACAGCUCAGUGUGCACUCCUUUGUCUUCUCCGGUGUUUACGCUGGCUCUACCCAAAAAAUUCCAUUUCUUAUUGAGAACAAAAGCAAGACACGUGCCAGGGUGAUGUUCGAUUUAUCCAAUCAUGAUGACUUUACACUGCAUUUUACUCUUCGGCCAGAUGCUUGCUGUUCCCCAUCAAUCUGUUGUCUGUAUACCGUGACCAUAGAUGCAUAUUCAGCUUUGGAAUGUUCGUUGAAUUUCACGCCAAAGGAAGUGGCAGCAUAUGAUUUCAGACUUGCAGUACACGUUAAUGUCAGCAAGACUCACUCUUCGUCUCAUAAUACAGUAACAAACACAAGUCCUGCUGGUUCAGCAAAGCAUCUCAUUGUCCCUCGACCUCAAAUGCUGACUAUCCCUGUUCAGCUUUGUAAAGUUCAAGCAACUGGAGAGCCGGCUGCCGCAGCUGCUGAAGCUCACUUGGACGGAAGGAGGGCAAGCGUCAAAUUUAACAAAACACAGAGCAUCCACCCUGCUCCAAGUGUUCAAGAUAUUGACCAAGGUCGCAAAUGGCAGUGUCCCACCCUAAAAGAACAAAAAGCGAAUAAUCGUGCUGGUGGCCCCCGUGCUGUCCAGCAUGCCGAGAACCCCGCACACUCGCUAGGGCAAAGUCAGUUCUCGGUUCUGGAAGCGCAAACGAGAAACUUCAUCUUCCUGUCCGCCUCCACGCUGGCCUUGAGAAACGCCGAACUGGGCAUUCAAAUCCUCGGUCGCUUCUCCACCGUACCACCCCUGAGAGACAUCAAAAGGAACAUUCCAGUCUUCAGCAUCCUCUCUAUCCGAAUCCCCCUCGCCCGGGUAUUCACAGAUAUCUCGGGGCAGGGCAUAGUGUACGUGUUGCAGCCACCGCUGGAACUUGAUUAUCAAGAUCUAACGUUUCAGUGUAACUUAACAGCUAUCCACUUGGGUAUUGUACAUGACAGCAAUUCCAUAAAGAAGCUGCGUCUGAGCAACAUCUCAAAGCAACAGCUUAGGUGGAAAUUAGAUCUUGAUGCUGCAGGCAAAGCAGUAGAUGAUGGCUUCUUCAAGUUUAGUUUGCAUUCUGGGACUCUCAGUCCAGGCGAAUAUACUGCCGUUACUAUAUCUUUCUGUCCUACUGGGUCCCCUGUCAAAGAAAUCAAAGCGGGGGGUCCUUCCAAAAAGCCUUCGUUGGUGGUUCUUAGCUCGGCAAAGUGCAUUGCCCUGGUGUCCCAAGAUGGCCACCCGACGAAGUUGGUUGCCCCAUUGUCCCAAGAUGGCCGUGGCUGGGCUUCUUCGCAGCAAAAUUCCCGCCCCAAAUCACCUCGGCAUCGGUCACCGUCGAGAUCUCUUCUCGACAUUGAUCACCGUCAGCCUCUCCUCAACGUCGAUCCGCAGCGGCGUCUUCUCGACACCGAUCGUCAUCGACCUCUCCUCGACGUCGAUAGGCAGCGGCGUCUCCUCGUCACCGAUCACCAUCGACCUCUCCUAGAUGUCGAUCCGCAGCGGCGAGACUCGCCGAAAGCCGGGCCAACGACCUCGACUUCGAUCACCCUCUGGCCGUCGAUCUCCAACUCCGUCUUUGUCCAGAGGCGAUCAGCACUGCUCGACUUAGAGACGACGCGCAUGUCGGAGCCGGUUGAGCCAUCGAAGCCAGGCAAGCCGUUGGAGUCGUUUGAGCCGUCGAAGCAGAUCGGGCCAUCGGAGCCAUUCGGGCCGUCAGAGUCAAGACAGCCGUCGGAGUCGUUCCAGCCUUCGGAGUCGAGACAGCCGUCGGAGUUGUUCGAACUGUCGGAGUCAUUUAUCAAAUUCGAGACAGCCGUCGGAGUUGUUCGAACCAGAAUCGCCAGUGACAACAGUUUUGUUGGAGGAGGAAAUGUCUCUAGUGCAGUAGUGCUAGACUCCAAGAGAGGUUGGUUCUAUGAUACCACCGGCGACGCCUGCACCCUUGCUGGAUAUUCCUGUUUAUUUGGCCAUGUGAGGAAGAAAUACGUCGACUCCACAGCAGAAGGGAUUCAGAGGAAAGAGUAUGACUCUUGCCCAGGGACAUACACAGCUGAAGUGCCACUGCUUUUGAAUAAUGACACAACUAUAUACAGAAUAGUCUCUUUAUCAGGGUGUGUGAAGUCACCCAAAAUCAGCUUUGAUCCUCAGUUUUUGAUACUGACUCCUGUUCCUCUCAAUAUAAAAACAGGAGCUGAUGUCCGCAUAAUUCCUCAGGGCUACAUAAGGAAGACAGCUUUGCAAGUUGAAAUUCCAGCAGAUGACCCUGAACAGAAUGACCAGAUAAAUCCAUUAACUGUAGAAUUACCAAAUGGCAAUUUUAUUGACAUAACCUUAGAGGGGAGAAACAUUGAUUUUGUAUGCCAUGUCAAUUUCUGUUCCUCAAAGCCAUUGUCCUGGGUGAAGAACAUAUACUUUGUUGAUGAACAAAAAAACAGAUUCCUACUUCAGGUUGCUGUAACAGUGGAGAACUGCCUUCUUACUGUGUAUCCGUACUUGGCAUGCCACCUUAAAGACCAACAAAUUAUCCUGAAAAGUGAUUCUAAUGAGAUAAUUUACAGCAAUGGAGAAACUAUGCAGCAUCCGUGCUACAUUCCAGGACCUCAUUCCCAAACAAGUUCUACCAGUAACUUUGGCACAAUUACCAACUCUGCCUAUGAAAACUCCAUAGCAGAAUUUGAAAAGGAAGUUGAAAAUGAAAGGUUGAAGAAGAGUGAAGCUAUCAGCCUAGAUGGCACAAAUCUGUCUUAUUUUGACCAUUCCCUUUUUCCUUCAGAAGGCACAGAAGCACAUGUCUUUUUACAAAAAGUUAUCACAGCAGUCCAGAACUGGUUUACUCUCUUUGGUUGGUCUAAAGGACCAAAUCCCAUUGCUAUUCCACAUACUCUAAGACGUGAUGUCUGUAAAAUUCAAAUGACUUCAUGUGAUGAAAAGGUUAAACAAAACCUUGGCAAAGAUAUCAAGACCAUUUAUGACAUGCUUCUCCAUCUGAGUGGGCAGCUGCUUCCUGGGAUCUCUUCAAGCCAAUCCUUGCCCUUUGACCCCACUCAGCGUGUGGUGCAGCUCCACUGGCAGCAUUCGACAAUGAUCACUUUUCUCAAAUGCCAAGGAGCAUCCCUUUCUCAUGUGCUGCCCCAGUUUCUUCUUGACCUUGAUGACUAUAAGAGAUGGACAGAUCUGCAAUCUAUGUUGAAGGUUAGGACAUUUGAGCCUGAGGACAUUGAUAUUUUGGAUAACUGCACUUUUGAGGCUAUCGGCAAACGGUCAUGGACAGAUGUGUUACUUCAGAUAUACAAGAUUUUCAUUCUCCAGCGUGUCUCAGCUGUUGAGGGUAGCACUUCGAGCAGUCCAGAAGGUGAAGAAAUCAUGCCAAAAAUAAGUACUGAUCCUUUGUCCAGUAAUAUAUAUUCACCACCUGAAAGAAUUCUUCUUACUUGGAUGAACAAACAUUAUGUAAAGACACGAAAAAUUGUGUGGAAGGACUGCCAAAAGGGUGUUAUACCGCCUACAAGAUGGAUCGUAAACUUUGAUAGAGAUCUCCAAGAUGGACUAGUUCUGGCAGCACUAGUAGCCAGCCACUGCCCUUAUUUGAUAUCAACACACUUUGUGAAUAUGUAUACUUAUCCAGACACUUCUGAACAGUAUCUUCACAAUUGCUUGGUGCUGAUAAAUGCUUUUCAUGCAAUAAAUCUUGACAUAGAUGUACUGGCUUCUGAUAUCUGUGAUCCAAAUCCAGUCAUGAUGCUUAUGCUUUCUGUCUAUCUAUAUGAGCGGCUUCCUCAGUAUUUACCCAAGAAAUAUAUUGAGUUUGCUGGUCCACUUCAUUCUACUGUUGUUAGGAAGAUACGUUUGAAAAACCCAAGUAUGAAGCCUUUGCUAUACAAUGCUACCAUUUUAGGAAGAGAUUCUGCUGAUUUUUUAUUGCCUAAAGGAAAUACUGUGACCAUUGCCCCAAAGAGCCAAAUAAGUAUAAAUGUGGAAUUUACUAGCCGUUUUCUGUCCCCUGCUGAAGCUAUAUUGUUACUUGUUUCAAAGGCUUUAAUUGGAGUAGGAGGGGCUACAAUGACCUUUUCCCUGAAAACCAGGAUUAGCCAAAUUAAACCUGCUGGUUUAUUAAAAUGUAGAUCUCCAUGUUAUGAACUGAAGACAGUUAUUCUGCAAGUUGCUAGUCCUUUCAAAAUCAGUGGUUCAUUCAGUUCUGAAAAUGGCAUUUUGAAUAGUACAUGCAAUGUGAUAGGCAUAGAAGGAUUUUACAAACAGCAGGAUGACACCGAUUCCUCUAAUAAAUCCAUCUGCUUACAAGAGUUCUUCAGUCCAGUGAAUGUAGUGUACCUGGAAGGAGAAAGUUCUACCAACCUGCACCUCCACUAUCUGCCUUUUAAUAUGGGAAAACGUUAUUGUGCUAUAAUUUUCAUCAAUAAGCAGAUUGGGGAAUUUGUGUACCUGGUGGAGGGAACAUGUGGCUUACCGUUGCCUUCAGCCCUGCUUCCGAUGGAUAGUCCAAAUGUUCUGUGCGUUAGCAGUAUGUUAGAAGGCAAGGACUUGCAUCAUGAGCCAUCUCCAGAACUGGGUGACUACGACGUCAAUCAUGGCUACCCACAAUGGGGACCACAUCCUCCAUCGGGCUGCUGUCAGGUGGACCACCACCAUUGGGGUCAAGAAGACCCAUGUUGUUUCUACCCGCAAAACUGUCCACUGCAACAAUGGCAGAAGGACUUGCCUUUGACUUCGACCAUGGAGCUGAAGUGCCCACCUUCUACUUCAAACAUGGAGCCAAAACAUCCGGAACCAACCCUCGACUCACAGUCUGAGUCAGAGGAGAGGUAUUCUGAGUGUGAAUUUGCCUCCAUUCCACCCCCUGAUGCCAUCAUGGGGGAUCCAUCCCCAGUAUCCCCCACUGAGGACACAAAGUUAUAUUCCGACAUGCUCAAUCGCUUGGCUAUGGCUCUCGGGUUGGAGAUUGCCCCCUCGGACCUGGUACCAGAUGAUCCCAUUAUUGGUGUCCUCCCCCCCCCCCCGAUCGGGCCUGACCUUCUCACCGAUUCCAACAUCUUGGUGGCCACCAACAACACUGCCACAAAAUACUACCUCUGCAAGCAGGGGGGCACAGGGUCUCUGGCACUAUACCAGGAGGCUAUAGAGAUCUGGGAAGAAAAGCUGAGGGUCCCCCUGAUCAAUGACGCAAGAGAGAAGGCGCUGGCCCUCGCAGCCCAGCAGCAGAUGUCUGUCUUGGAGUUUGAGCGGAGAAAGGUGACGGGGACGCUGGAGAGCAGCAGUGUUCGUGCAGCUGUUGCAGCCCUGGGGCUGUCAAUAGUUGAGAGCGGGUCCCAGGAUGAGCAACAGCUCAGCACUCAAUUCCUUUUGCAGCCACAUAAGGGUGUUGCUAUUCCGACUCCGGACAAGCCUCUUCUGAAUGUCGAAGUCGGCACGGAGUCUAGCACCUACGUUCUCAGCGCCUACGUUCUCUACGCCUACGUUCUCGGCGCCUACGCUCUCGCCGCCUACACUCUCACUAAUCCAGUCGUCACUUGUCGACCUUUUACUCUGGGUCCAGGUGGCGUAGAGGGAACCGUCAUAGCAGCUCGUCCUCUACACGAUCCCGCAGUUGUCAAACUCGGUCGCCUUGCUGCCUCUGACAUAGGCACUGCGAUGACUCUCGCCAUCACCCUUGGCAUCAACAUUGUCAGCGACACCGCGAUGACUCGCGGUGCCGAGAGCCUGCUCGGAACUAAAGAUUUGCUGCACAACUUGCCUGUAUACUCUGAACAAUAUAUCGAGUAUAGUGUGGAAGUGAGCAUGCCUGACUACUUUGAAAUCCCUUGUAAAAUAUAUAUUCCUGUGCUGGCAUCAACUAGAGUUAAUGGAACACACCUGGAAAAUGGAAAUUGUUUUGCAACAGAAACAGACGAUGCUGCUGUUGAGCUUUCUAUAAAAUUUAUACCUCAAUGUCCUGGGCGAUAUCCUUGCCAGAUUCUUCUACAGUCCAAAUAUGACAUCCGGACCUAUAACAUCGAAUGCGUGGUGAACACAGAUACGGUUGAGGCGGAGCUGGAGUUUGUAACACCAGCAUAUCGAGCAGUGAUUCAAGAUAUCCCAAUAACUAACAUGAGUCAGCAGGAUUGGAAGCUUAAAGCCAAUUUAAAGGGAUGCUCUUUUUAUGGCCCUCCUCUCAUAUAUGUAGCCUCUGGUGAAACGACUACUUAUACCCUCAUGUUCAAGCCAACAGCUGAAUGCAUAACUAAGGGGAAGCUCAUUUUGCAAAAUGAAGCAGAUGGCACAGAUCAUUUCUUUACCUUGACGGGGAUUGCAACCAAACCUUUGGCAAUGGAUCAUAUUCUGAUAGACUGCCCAGUGAGACAGAUUACACAGAAGAUCAUAAUGGUGCCAAAUUUUACCAGAAAUGAACUGAGAUACAAGGUAUCUUCAGAUCUCCUGAUAGUAAGUGGUGAUCCAACGCUUAAUGUAGAACCUGGUGACAUAGCUGCUUAUACUCUGAAUAUAUAUCCAUGGAAACGUGGAAAAAUUCAAGGUAUAAUUUCAUUUGUUGCUGAAGAUGGAGAACAGCAGCAGUGUGAACUUAACAGCUUAAUGGAGAAGACAGACGGUACACAAGAAUUGCAAACAGCCAAUGCAGCAAACACUGGGCAAAAUUCACCAUGCUCUGAAGUGUGGUUUGCUUUGGAGAUAAAUAGCAUAGCAGCAGCACCAGAAAAAACUUUGGAUGUGGAAUGUGCGGCUCUGGAUACUACUGUCAUUGAAAUUCCGAUAACUAAUCCCACAAGUGACAUUCUGAUGUUAGAUGUUAUAGUCGACGUUGAUGUACUUAGUGGUGAAAGAAGCUGCCUUCUUCAACCAAAAGAAACACUAUGCUAUGAAGUAAAGUACUCUCCAGUUAGUACUGGUAGCUCAAAGGGAAGUGUUAUAUUUGUGUCAGAGAAGACAGGAGAGUUUUGGUAUGCACUGAUACUAAAAGCUGAGAAACCUCUGCCGAGAACAUUGCCUGAAGUAGAGUGUGAGCUUGGAAAGUGGGUCCGUCAAUACAUUCCUUUGGUUAAUCCUACCUAUGAAAGUCUGGAAUUGAAAGUUGUGAACAACAAUUCAGCCCAUUAUUCCUUAGAGAUAGACUCCCGAAACCUUUUGAUUGUAGCUCCUUGUUCCACUACCGAAGUACCAGUUCAAUUUUGUCCUUCUGAACUAGGAAGAGCAAGCCACACUGCAAAAAUCUCUUUUCUGUGCCCACAGCUUGAAGAGUGGAUAUUUUUCUUAUCUGGUGUUGGUCUGAUUCCUAAGCCACAGGAACCAGCUAGUGUAAGCGCUUGCCUGGGUUAUCAUUCUUCUAUCAUCAUAACUUUCAGGAACCCUACUUUUGAAGAUGUACUGGUAGAUGUAAUUUUACAAGAUCAGGAUCAUGUCACACAUCCCCCCAGUGAAUCUGUCCUCCACCAUUCCAUCAAUAAGGAGUCUGUUUUCUGGCUUCCACUCAAACAAACACAAGGAAUCUCUUUGCCUCCAAAAAGCAAACUGGAUAUUCCUGUACUAUUUGCACCUGAGAGUAUGAAACUGUAUGAAGCUGUGCUAGUUAUUAAUGUUGAGAAAAUGCUUGAUGAAAACUGGUCUUUUGAUGAUCCCUUUGAAUUAAACAAAAAACUAAGCAGCAGUACUGUGAUAUCUGAAAGUGGAGAAAUCAAGGCACUCCGUUGGAUUUACCCAAUACAUGGAAUUCCUGAAGCACCACCACAAAGAUCAGCACCAGCUGUUGUAUGCUGCCAAGCCCGCAGCAGAGUAGAAGAAAGAGUAGAAGUGCUGCUAACUGGUGUAGUUCCUGGCGCAAGAGGUUCACAAAUAGUCCGAGACUCUGCAAACCCUUUGAGCAGCAAGUCAGUCACUAUUCAAGAUGACGUUCAAGUGACUGAAGGAUUCCUUACAGCAAAUGAAUUUUUAUACGACAUUGAGUUUGAAUCUGAAAGAGUGAAAUCUCAGCUAGAAUCUGCAGUAGCUAUAAAUCUGGUGGAGAAAGAAUGGGAUCCAAAAACUGGCAUUGUGACCUUGACCUUCAAUACAGUGUUUGCUCCUAACAAGCCAAUGAGGAAUCCAGCAACACUGGUUGUCAGGUGCACUACAGGAGGCAUUUGGAAGUUUCCAUUAUUGCUGGUUGCUACUGACCCAGAAGUUGAUGAUGUCAUCAAUAUUGAAGCAGCUGGUCUAAACAAGGAGUCUGUAAUUACCUUUAGGCUCACAAGCAAGACAAGGUACCCGGAGCCUUACACAGCUUACUUCCUGCCAGGCAGUGAUCCAGAAUUUGCUGUAUCACCUCAAGCUGGAGAACUUCUUCCACUUGACACAGCCGGAACUCUCAUAACUAUUGGAUUCAAGCCUAAUAUGUACAGCAUGAAACACAGAGCAACACUGGUAAUACAGACAGCAGGAAUGCAAUGGAUGUAUGAGAUCAAUGGCUUGCCACCACAGACCGUACCACCUGCAGUAUCGGCAAAAGUUGUUUGUAGGAAUACAUAUGAGAAACCAAGAACAGUGCAACAACGCAACUUUAUACGUGAAAAUAUGAAGCUGUUAUCUACUGGUGUGUCCUCAACGGUCAAAGGAGCACCUUUAAUAUUAAGAGCAAAAUAA